CCUCCCUAAUCGAAACUUCUUUGCCCGAGUUUUUGACCUCUCUCCUGUUUGUGCUCCAAUCAAGAGUCAUCUGGUCGCACAUUGUCCUUUCGAAUUGUUUGUUUUUUUGGAUUUUAAUUUUUUUUCAAUUGGCAUACAAUUACUGGAGCCUGUAGUUUUACAUGAAGCAUAUCAUAGACUCCAGUAAUUGCAUCUUUCUAAUGUUUCACAUUCUUGGCCACUUGCCAAUUGUCGAUUGGGUUCAGGGUAUUGUCCCAGAGAAAUUCACCAUUGUAGGUCUUCUCUUUUUCUCGCCCUCGUGGAGAAUUCUGGGUUGUGGAAGUUAUUUCGCAAUGAAACUUCUAAAGAUGUUCUUGGAUUAGGUGGACUUCUGUGUGUGCUGCCUCCUACAUUGACUGAUUUGUAUUUUAUCUGCACUUCUCCUGCUUGAUGAUAUGGUCCAUGUAACAGCAGGUUAACAUUUUUAUUUAUUUAUUUAUUUUUGACAACAAUCGUUACUGUAUCCCUUUUUUGUGGAAAGGAAAUUUCACAGACGAAUUCGCAGCAAACGCACUGUGCUAUGCAUGUGAUCUAUGAAAACUCCGCUUCUGUGGCAAGACUAUUACUGACCACGUUUCAAGUCCAUGUCACGAAGACUGGAUAUGUCUUUGUGCAUUUCCUGUACCUUCUGUGGUAUACCCGGGUAUCGAAUUUCCUUGUCCAUCGUGCUUGGAGUGUUGGACUUAGUAACACAACAUGUGGAUGCGUUGGAGGUUUUAUUGCAGGGGCUCUGCGGAGGACUUCGAGAAACAAUUAAAGUUCACGAAAUAUGUUUGAAGACGGGGCCGAAUUUAGGUGCGGUGGCCUCUGAGGUUCACCUUUGCUGCUCAUUAUCUCAACCCGAACCUGUCUGGUCAGUGCGCCAUGUGGGUGGAGCAAUGCGAGGAGCUGGAGCAGAUCAACUUCCAGCGUUGGUGCGUCCUGUGCUGGAAGCUGGAAUAAGCAACAAUUCACUCCGCUUCAUGUAUUCUCUUGGCUACAAGCUGGAUUACGAAAUGCUUCGAACAGGCUUCUCCUUUCAGUUGCACAAGACUGUCCCCAUUGCUGUUACUAUUACCAUCUCUGUGACAGCGGUACACAGGUUACCCAAGAUACAUGCGGUGGAUGACCCACAGCCGGUUACUCCUGGUCUGCAAAUGGUGCAGGUUUCAGCUCCUGCGUCUCCUGAUAACUAUUCUGAAGUUGUUGGUGCCAUUUCAGGGUUGGCAGAGUACUUGGCCCCACUUGUCCAUCUUUCUAAGCCUGGAGUUCCUGCUGGUAUUGUCCCUACUGCUUCCACAGCAGCUGCAGCGCUCGUCUCGAGAGGUGGUAUCACUAAAGUACUGUAGGGCUUUUUUCGUAGUGAUCAUGAAAGUCAGACUAAGGGCUAAAAGUGAAAAGUACUCGGGCCUUUCGGCAACAGUGCAGAAGUACCAUCUGAAUACGGGAGAAUGAAUAUCCCUUUGGGCUUCAGUAGUGAUGAGUCUGCUAAAAGCUUCGUACCCAGAUGUGAAUAUUUGAUGCUCUAUGAUUAAAUGAAAAUCCAUUGCCAUCAUACUCUUCGUUGAACUAUAA